UCAAUUGAUAGUUACCCAACAUCUUCUCGACUACUUACUACUACUUAACCCUAGUAGUAGUACUUGCUAUACCAUGAUGAACAGCCGGGAUGUGUUGUGAUUGGCCAUUAUUAGUGGCGGCACAAAGCACUGCCUUCCUUCUUCAUCUUCCCCCACACACACCACAGCCUCGUCACUGUGUUGUAUCCUCCCUUUUCUGAUUCUGCAUCCUUUUCAUCUCCCCUGAAGUGGUCGAUGUAUUGCUCCUUGUUCCGCAGCUCGGGUCCACGAUGACCACCGCUCUCACCAAAGCUGCGAGACUGAAACCCGAAGUUCGUCUGGGGCAGGCUAUCUCCGAAUUCCAAGCCGAUUGCUCAUCGCGGGAGAAGGCGACGCUGCGGUCAUACCAAGCCGCUGGCAUCCCUCCAAGUGUCCGGGAUGUGAUGCAAUUGACUGCGGAAAUCAACCGAUCGGCUGGCCUUCGAGGACAAUGUUUCGGCUCACGGCUCACGAGUAUUCUUCAGGCGGUGCAGGAGUUCGCUGCACUCGGAGACAUCGUUCUGGGCGCAUCGCAGAGCCUCCUAGCCUGUGGCAUCUGGGCUGUGGUACGAAUGUCGCUUCUGUCCAUUGUCAAGUACUCGACCUACUUUGAACAACUAUCGUCCAUGCUCAUGGCUGUGGGUCGCUCUGCACCUCGCUAUCAACUUAUGGGCGCCGUCUAUCCUACAUCGCGACGUCUCAGAACAUCAAUGCUGGAAUAUUUCAUCGUUGUCGUGCAGUUGUGCCAUCACGCUAUGAAACUGAGUCGGAAGACGGCUAUAGGCCAGUGGGUUUCUACGUUCACGUCUGCUCUGAAAGGCUACCAAUCUGACCUGGAGAUCUGGGCUACUGCCAUCAAAGAAGAAGUGAACCUACAGAUGGUUCAGCAACUAUCCCUGGUGGCCGAAGACAAUUCAUGGUUUAGAUCUCGGGUCGCGAGACGCUUUGAAUCUCAAUCCCACGCAAGGAGGCUUAGAGCGCGUCAGCGCGUACUGGAUGCGUGCUCCACCUACGACUACGAACAGGACUGGAAGCGGAUCCGCAAGCUCGGUGCUACCACCCUCUUGGAGACCUCAAUGAUAUACAAGCAGUGGAAGGCCCCACGAGGUUCUGAAGGGCUGCAGUCGCGUACACUCAUAUGUACAGGCAUGCUAGGAUCGGGAAAAUCCGUGAUUCUCGCCAAUAUGGUGGAUGACUUGAACUUGGAUUCGGAAAGGAAAGCAGUGGUGGCGUACUUCUUCUGCCAACACGAUUCGACGCAGAGCUUAACGCCGAAAACAGUUAUAGGCUCUCUAGCGCGACAGCUGCUGCAGUCAGAAAGCGAUCUCGACGCCGCACGGGAUGUCCUGGGAGACAAACAAUCACUCGAGGUUGACGGAAUUAUUACUUUACUAAGACAUCUGCUACCGCCGCACUUCGAGGCCCUUUUCGUACUUGAUGGCCUGAUGCAUUGCGACAGAAAAGUGCGACAGGUUAUCCUGGAGUCUUUACAGGAGAUCCAAAAAUUGAUCAAGCUUGCAUUGUGCGUGUCUGUCAGGCCGGAGCCUGCCGAUUCUCUGCAAGAACUCAAGCAACUUCAAAAUCAGCGAUGUUGGUCCGUGACAGCUAACAAAUUUGACAUUGAUGCCUUCAUCAACGCCGAACUAGAGAGAUGUCUUGAAUCUGGGAAGCUUAUAAUAAACGACCCUGCCCUUGUCCUCGACGUUCGAGAUAGCCUCUCCCAAGGAGCGGAUGGCAUGUUCUUGUGGGUGGCUCUGCAGAUAGAAGCUCUGUGUCUUGAGAGGACAGACGCAGAUAUACGAAAGGCAAUUGCCAAUCUGCCUAAAGAUCUUUCAGCGUUAUACACGAUGAUACUGGAAAGGUCUAGCCUUUCCGGAACCACGUACCAAUCCAAGAUUUUGGAUCUGGUUGCGACCGCGUGCAGGCCACUGACCACAGAGGAAAUGAAAGAAGCCCUUAGUGUCAUCCCCUGGAAGACCUUCUGGGACCCCGCAAGAAUACUCAAUGACAUACAUUCCACAUUGGCUUGUUGUGGGGGUCUACUUACUGUAGAUGAAGAAAACUGGAGUAUUCGCAUGGUGCACCAUAGUGUGAGAACAUUUCUUAAUGAUCACCGUAAAAAUCAUCGCGAUUUGAUGCCUGCAAAUCAAACCAUGGCAGAGACUAUUGCGACAUACCUGAGCUACGAAAACUUCUACAAGCAAUUCUCUAUCUCGGUGACAACGGCAGUGAUCCAUUCAGCACUGCUGAGACUGAAGAGGACUAAGGAUACGGAUGUUGGCUAUAAUCUAUUGCAACGCCUGCAAGCCUCCAGGGCGAUGGUCUGGUGGCAGGAGCAUAUCUGGUAUCUAGACCCCAACACGCCAAACCUAAAUAAACUCCUGAUGACCAUAUUAGACGCCCAUGGCUAUGACAAACCCGACUCCUCUGGACAGACACCGUUUCUGGCGCUUGUUGACUGGCUUCUCGCCCGUGGUGCUCGGCAUACCGACGACCUUUUCGGACAGUCACCACUAUCUUGGGCCAUCCAUGGUGGAUAUAUCGCUGUCAUUGAGUCCUUGUUGAAGAGUGAAGUUGUGAUGCCGAAUGCAGUAGGCCCGUCAGGAAAAACACACCUCACGUCUGCAAUAAUCCGAAAAGAUAUCGAGCUGACCAAAUGCUUUCUUGCUUGCGACCGGUCUGACGGCUAUACCCCCCUUAUGGAAGCUACGCGCCACAACUUUGUGGAAGCAAUACCUUUGUUUCUGUCAGGCCCGCACACAGACAUCUUGGCUGUGACGCCAUCCGGAGACUCAGCCCUUCAUCUUGCCGCCAGCCUUAAGGGCCCUCCAAUUAUUUUUAACCUUCUCCUCGAACACGCGCGGCUAGAGGAGAAGGGCUCCCAAGCGGCAUCGAUGGCUAACAGAAAGGGGGAGACGCCGUUGUGGUUAGCAGCCGCAAAUGGGCACCUGGAGGUCGUCCAGUCAAUCUGCCAACAUCAGGACUAUGACCUGGACGUACCUGACGCUCGCUAUACAGACAUUGUCAAAUACCUGGGGAGCUCGGGCCGAGUAAACAUCAAUCAUCUCAACAAAGCUGGCCUUUCGGCACUGUGGGAAGCGGUAUUGAACGGUCACGAAGACGCCAUCCAAGCUAUGAUAACAAUGGAUGAUCUAGACCCGAACCACAGCGGAGUUGGAGCAGGCACCCCGUUGGAAGCAGCUAUCCAUCUCGGCAACGAUCGUAUCGUCAGGUUAUUGGUUGCCAUCGCAAGAACUGACCGAGCUGUUGAGGAAGGAUAUGACGAGAUAGUGGCAAUACUCGUCUCUACCGGUCGGGUCCUUCUCAAUCGGAGGGAUCAUCAAGGCGUAACACCACUCUGGGCGGCUGCGGACUGUGGCAACACUAAUACGGAAGGGGUAGAUCUGAACUUCCCAGGCAGUCACGGCAGGACAGCGCUCUGGGUAGCGGCAUCCAAGGGGCACGCGGAAGUAGUCCAGAUCCUGGUCUCCGCUAAUCAGGUGAAUCUAAAUAGCAAGGGCCAUAACGGUACAACGCCGCUGUGGGCCGCUGUGAACAAUCGUCAUACUGAAGUUUGCCCCGAUUAUACAGGAUAUACGCCGCUCUUAAAGGCUGCAGCAAAUGCUCUAGUAGCUACUGGACGAGUGACUGUCACCGCUGAGCACGGACAUGACGCCGUUGUCAAGAUCCUAAUCGACAGCGGCGCGGCUGCGAAUAAUACCGAGAUUGCAUCCUAUUCCCGCGGAACUCCUCUUUGGAUUGCCUCCUACAACGGCCAUGCAGGAGUUGUGAAGGUGUUGGUCGCAUGUCCUGGCAUCGAGCUCAACCGGCGCGAUAUAUUGGGGCAUACCCCGCUAGGGAUAGCGGCGAAGAGGGGCCACGCGAGUGUUGUUGCCAUUCUGGCCGGCACCCCGGGCGUGGAGCUGUGUCAACUGGAUAAUAAUGGCCAAAGCGCCUUGGAGAUUGCACGGCAGUACGGCCAUGAAGACGUGAUCAAUGUGCUCGAGGCAAAUAGACCCUUUCUAUAUGGCCAAUCUGCAAGACUACCGGUGGAUCACCAUGACUGA